CAGCAUCCAGAGGACAAAGCACUCAACCAAACCAUGGAUGCCCGCUUCCUAAUAGUAGUUGCCCUUGCAUUGCACUAACACAGGCACGUUCCACGGUCCACCCGCAGUCUUCCGCUGUUGAGGCAGCAUUGCUGCAGCAGACUGCAUGCGUGUGGGCUGGCUUCCUUGCUGUUGCUCCGAACCGAAGCGAAGCUCUUCAGCACAGCAGUAACACGGAUCGAUGCACGAUCCACAUUUCUCGCUUCGCAUCCCACAUUCCACACCACACGUGCUUCCUUCUCAGCGAGAGGAAUUGCUGCUGCUCGGCUCUGCUCUGGUCUGGUCUGGUCUCAGCUCUCCGCUCUCCGCUCUCCGCUCUCCGCUCUCGCCUCCCCGGCCCAGCCCGCAGCUUCGUUGUGGUGGUGGAACCACCGCGCUCUCACUCACCCCAUCCCUCCCUCCCUCGUUUUACCGCACGUGAAACGCCAGCCAGCCGCGCGCCCGCUUUUGAAACGAUUGGUGCACGCAAAACAACUUCUUCGCAGCCGCAGCAGCAGCCGCAGCAGCAGCCAGAGCAGCAGCUGCCAGUCGCUUCUUCGGACUUCGAAGAAAGUCCACCACGUCGCGUCGCGGUCGCUACUACCCGUCUGAUCGCUCUACGCCUCAAACCCCCCCCCCCCCCCCCCCCCCCAAGCCACAACGAGGUGGUUGUUGACCCCACCCCCUCCCCUCUCCCCCCAAAAGCCACCAGUCAGCGGCAGCACGGAGGAAGGCGGGCUCGCGAUCAUCGCCGCAAUCGCCUUGUAAGCUCCAGCCGAGUCGCAUCUGGGCCUUGCGAGCCGAAUCACGAGCUGCGGAAUCUGCGGAAUCAUCUGGUCCGGCAGGAACCUCCCUGACGACCGCUGUCGCCUCCGCGUCGCGUCGUCUCUUGUAAGGCUCGAUACUCUCGAUGAUAGUAUCCCCCCGGCCCGUGGCUCAGCAUCCCAGCAUCGCAGCAACUCAGGCCGAUGAUGAUAGUGUCGAUAAUAUAGUCUCGAUAGACGAUGUACCAGAACAGCUAGAAACAGAAACAGACCCCGUAAUUCGCAGCUCGACGCCGCAUUCAUGUGUCGUAAUAACGGGUCAUGCUACGGCCACUGCUAAUACUAUUGUUGCAAAGUCUAAGUUGGGACGCCAUAACAGGCUGUUAGUACGAUCACCGCGGCGGUUGCUAGUGCUGCUUUCGCAACCAUGUGUCAAGGUCACUACAGCCUCAGCCCGCCAUGCGUAUCACUUGCCGUCGGCUCAGUACUACCCGCAUCAUCAGCUGUUGAAGCAGCAGCAGCAGCAGCAGCGGCGGCGGCGGCGGCGGAAGUGGCGGCAGCAGCGGCGACGGCGGCGACGGCGGCAGCAUACGGCCCAGAAGCGAGGCCCUCUGUGAAGCGGACCUGGGCGGCCGUGGCGGACGCAUGCGGCGCCGCUCUUUCUGCGCCGCUGCCCCGCCGUCCGGCGCUAUCUGGCGGCGCGGAGCCGGUGCGCGGCCGCUGGCAGCAGGCCGGCGCGACAGUCAGUGACCUCGAGAUGAUCUCGCCACAGCUCAGCUUGAAAUCACCGCCGAUGCUAACGGCGCCGUCCGAGGCCUCCGCUGCCCCUCCCUUGUCUCGGCGAGUGCCACUGGUCGCUCUAAUUCCGCCGCGUCGCGAUGCGCCUGGGCCACCGGGAUUGGCAACGGCGGCGACGGCGGCGGUGCCGGCGCCAAUGGCGGCGGGAAAGUGCCGGUUGGUGCGCCUGCUGGGUGGCUGUCACGUGAUCAUUAACGGGCAGCAGCAGCAGCAGGAAGUCCCGCACGUUGCGGAGGGGGGAGCACUGGCGGAGUGCGCUCUCGCUCCGAUCCAGAGUCCGCCACUGGCGGCGGAGCUGCGCUCGAGUCCCGCCAGCAGCAGCGAGGCGUCCGCGACUCCUAGCGGUUCGUCUGAGUCGCGCGCGGUGAGCCCUGAAGGGGGAGUUGCGCCAACCGCUGCUGCGCCAUCCGCUGCUGCGCCAUCAUGCGCGCCUACGAGUGCGCCGCGUUUCUCAUCCGCCUCCGCGCGGAAAGCAGCGGGCGGGAGCAACAGCGCGCGGGAUGCGGCAGCCGCUGCGGCGUCAGACCCGUCGCCGUGGCAGUCCGCCGCCGAGUCUGGGUCUGCGGACGUCUCGGCGGGUGGGAUGGGAGAAUGGCGGAACAGCGGAGCGCCGCGCGCGGCGCAAGGAAGUGUUGCCGCCGCUGCCGCCGCCGCCGCAGUGAGCGGAGUGAGCGGAGCUGGUGCAGUGAGCGCUGAAGAGCGGGAGGAGGGGAGUCGUACUCGGAUGGACUGCCGAUCGGAGUGGCCGGACCGCGUCCUGGAAGAGUGGUCGUGCAUGCGCAUCAUGCCAACCGAUGUCGUGGCGCAUGACGCUGAGGAUGAUGGCGCGGAGCGUGACGUGGAAGGUGACGUGCAGAAUGAGAUCAUGUUAUGGCUGUCGAGCGGUGCUGGCGCUGGCGCUGGUGCUGGUGCUGGUGCUGGUGCUGGUGCGGGCAGCGCAUCGCAGGGCGAAGGGCGCGCGGCGAAAGUGGAGGGUGGGAGUGCGGCAAUAACUGGCGUCUGCUGGAAGAUGAAGCCAACCGCGCGGGAGGAGGGCAGCAGACUGGCCUAUGCGUGGGAUGCUGCUGCGAAAGCCGCUGCUAAAGACGGUUUAGAAGAGGGUUCAAAGCACGGCCUGGACGGUGGUUGCUUGGAUGGUGGUUGCUUGGACGGUGGUUGCUUGGACGGUGGUUGCUUGGAUGGUGGUUGCUUGGACGGUGGUUACUUGGACGGUGGUUGCUUGGACGGUGGUUGCUUGGACGGUGGUUGCUUGGACGGUGGUUGCUUGGACGGUGGUUGCUUGGACGGUGGUUGCUUGGACGGUGGUUGCUUGGACGGUGGUUGCUUGGACGGUGGUUGCUUGGAUGGUGGUUGCUUGGAUGGCUCGGGGAUGGCGGGAGGCGAGCUGUGGCAGGCGCUGUGCAGGCUGGGAUGCAUGAGGGGACUGCAGCCCGGACUCAGCGCACCACACAAGCCCAUGCCACAGCGGCAGGCACGAGUUCAGCAGCAGCAGCAGCAGCAGCAGCAGCAGCGACAACCUCUGCGAUGUUCUGUGGCAGUUCACCCGCCUCACGCACCUCCCCCUCUCUUGCUCCCAGCCUUCUGCCCACCACCACACCAACCUCACGCCAACAAUGCAUUUGAGAAAGGGGCUCAUCGCUGCGCCGUGACCAUGGUUGGUGCUGCUCCCCGCGAUUCCACGCUACCUGCUCGUCUUGCUGCUGCGGCUGCACGUGUUUCAGCCCCUCCUGCUCCUGAUCCUGCUCCUGCAACUGCUCCCCCCCCUUCUCCUUCACCUGCUGCUGUUCCCGUCCCUGCUGCCAUGCCUGCUAAGCGCCGGAAAUGGGGAGGCACAAGCACAUCAGGAGCUGCAGGCUCGCUCAGUGAAACGCGCCACCAUCCACUCUCAGCUGCACAUGUUGCCCUCCCGGGCCUCCCAGGCCGUCCAGGCCUCCCGGGCCUUCCAGUCCCCCAGGGUUCCCGGGCCUCCCAAGUUUUCCCGGGCCUCCCCAUCUGUGACUCCCCUCCGUCUGCCAGUGUGCCAGCUUGCCCUCGCCCCAUCAGCUCUCCCCUUACCAACCCUCCAUUGAUGAGCCCUCUAUGGAUGGGCUCUCCCCACCUCAAGGCAGUGCCACUCCUCUCCCCCGCACUGCCCAGUCUUGAGGUGGAAUUGGAAAGGCUGCUGGAGCAGUGUCAGCAGCAGAAUCUGAAGCAGCAGCAGCAGCAGCUCCGCAUCGACUCCCUUCCCAUCCCCUCCUCCUUUCCUUCAAUCAGCUUUCUCAGGCCGGUGCCAAGCUCACAGGUGCAAGCAGGAAGGGCAGUGCUGGCGCCAGUACCUCCAUCAGGGAGUAAUGUGCCAAGUGCCAGAGGAGCAAGAGCACAUGUGCCAUGCGAUGGCCCCAACCACCACCCUCCUGCCACUGCAUUCCCAUCGGCCACGCUGCCUGCAGCAUCUAUCUCUGCUGCUGUUGCUGCUGCUGUUGCUGGCGGUGCUGGUGCUGCUGCUGCAGGGGGGCCGCUGCCUUCCAGUCUGCCCGCUUAUGCUGCUGUCCGUAGAGCAGACGCGGCAGCUGCUGUUCCUUGGGCUGCGGUGUCUCCCAUGGAAGGCGCGGACUCGGAAGAGUUCUGGUCCUCCCGUGAACUCGACCUGCGAUGCGCAGAACUGAUUCUAUGAUUCAUCAGGCAACACCACUCGCAGCAUCGUCGAUCGCCUCACCAUUAACAAGUUUUUGGCCAGAGUACUUCGUACUCUUUGCCUUGUAGUAGCUAUCUCUGCCUCGCCCUUUUUUGCCCAAGGCCACUUGACUGGGCUUCCCUUCCCUUCCAUUGGCCAUGAAUCACGAUCCACAUAGCUUGAUUAAUUUAUUCCCUUAGACAAACCAACCCCUCUCCCCUUCCCUAUCCCUCUUCAGUCCCAUUUCCCCCCUUGCACAUACUUGGGAAUCCCAGGUUGGGAUGUGUCCCCUUUUGGAGGAUAAUGGUUCUUCAGACAUUGCAUGGUUUUGCUUCAGGUUCCGGCAAUUUAUUUUGCUGGACUAUCUUGAAGUUUUUUGUUCAGCAUCUUCUCCUGAUAUGCCACACCACCUCACUGUUGCAUUAUAGGUUUGGUAGCCCUUUUUUCUUUAGUGGAUGUUCUUUUUGUCCUACUCGUAUAGGCGUUUCUGAAAUUCCGAACUGUAUGAUGGUGU